AUGAGCAAUGCGUCUUUUGCGGCCCUCGGCGUUCUCCGGAGCCCUGGCAUACUGCCAGCGCCUCUUUGUGCUGCCUUGCGGCAGGAGGCGCUGAAGCUUUUGGAAGAGGUGCAGCGCCCGAGCCUACAAGCGCUCUCUCACCAGCUGCGAAGAUGGCUUACAGAUCCGGUUCGGGCCCCAACGGCCCGCCACAUUCUCCGGACGCCCGUGAGCGAGCCCGUCUUUCAGGCUCUGCAUCAUCUGGCCCCAGUCGCUUUGCAGCUGGGGCUAUGCGAGACUGCCAGGCUUGUGGAGUUGAACUACACGGUCAGCCUGCCCGGCGCACCGGCGCAGGAGAUGCACAGCGACAUAUCGCCCAUGAACGAGACACAGCGUGCCUUGCCGCAGAUAGCUCUUGCCUUGACAUGCAGAUGA